AUUCUCUACAAUAUCGAAAUAACCUUUUCCAAAAUACCUUGAUUAGUACCUACAUACAUUGCCCUACACUAUUAACAAGUAGGGUGAGCUUCAAGUUGCAGUGACGCAAUGGGGCACUCUCAACUGAGUCGUAUUCCAAUCGAGAUUCAGCACUUAUAAUCCUGGAUUGACCGGCAUAAAGACCCCUGUCUGGCUCCCUUGUCACCAAUCAAUGCCCUUCCACACCGAAAUCGUGCAUAACCGUCUUCACCCUACAACACCAGUUUUAGCAACAUGUCAGGGAUGAAGUCAUGUUUUGUCCUAGAGUCUUAGACAACCACUCUAUUCACACGAGGGUUUCGGCUUUCUUUACUUGGCCAUCUGAACAAGUUCUGUGGCUGAGAGCCUAGCUCGUGUCCAGCAUAGUGUUCCCAUGUGGCGUCAGCUCAAUUUCAUCAUCUAAAAUACGUCUCAACAGCUAUAAUGACGAAGCUCAAAACCUGUUUUGUCAUCCCACACCACUCGAAAAGAAGCUAACAAUCGCCGCGCACUCCGUUCAUUCCCUCCCUUUGUUCCUGCUAGAACACGAGGGAUCUUCAAAAGUCCCGGUGGAGUUCUUUCGUUGUACCUCUUAAUUACUGCUAGAUAUACGUAUGGCGCUUUCGACUCUGGGGUUGCUCACAGUCGGCGCGAUACCCACAGUCAUCGGCGUCGCGGAAGCAAUUGACGCCCAGAAAAAGCAAAACCAGCAAGCAAAAGAGAGAAUUAAAUUCAAAUUGACCGCAAAAUUUUCACACGACGGUGUCUCGCCGCCUCAAGAUGGUAACGUGGUAUUCAAAGACAAAAAACUCUACCUAAACCACCCGGCGUGUCCAGUGGAUGGUUUUCCAUUUAACGGCUUCUAUUUUGGCUAUCCGGGGCCAGAGAACCACCAAGGACUAGUGGCGCCCAUAGCGGAGGAUCCGCCAAUGCUUAAUUGGAUAUAUGCUGACAAGGAGACGGGGCUUCUGCGUCACGGAUCAAGGUCAGAGACUGCAGGACAUACCAUUGGGCCCUGGAGUUGGACGGAGGAUGAGGAGUGGUUAAUACUCGAAGGCGAGCAGUAUUUCGUAGCAGUAGAGAACGACGAAGGGACAUGGAAUGUUCAUUACGACAAGGACGGGAAUUUAGAUGAAAUUCUGGAUCGCGAUGUAGUAGAUAUAAAUCUCCAUCGAGAAUUACAGCUUGGUGUAUCUAGUCGGUAUACUAGAGACUGACGAGGUCUAGACAGGCAGACAGGUCAAUAACGAAGGGGAAGGGUCUCAAGGAAACCAUGGUGCCACAAUACCGGAUAAGGGUCCUAAACGAUAAUGGAAGACUUGCUCAAUACUUCGACAUUACAUGUAUGUGGCUUGCGUAAACUCUCAAUAAUACCUUAUACUAAGGCCUCCACACCCUCU